GGAGGGCUUGUGUGCUGUGUCUUGUUGGGGUAGCGGUGGCAGCACUUAUCCUUCUUCUGAUAGGAAAUGCUCUGUGGGGGAGGGGAAUGGGGAGGUUGAUGAGGGUCAGUUGGGUGGGCAGUGAGGAAUGUCCCUAUCUUCAUCUGAGGAAUGGUAGAGGGAAUGGGCUUAUUUUACACAUAUUUACACCUGGGCCUACUUUGGAGAGCAUUCAAAGCAUUACAUCCCAAGAGAGGCUUGCUCCCCACAGCAAGGCAGCAUUCGAGUCCAAAAUAUCCUCUUCUUUGUCAAUAUUUCAAUCUUUUUUUUAAAAAAAUGUAUAUUAAAAAGUAUAGGGGUUCCAUUUCAACUAUACAUGAAUUCAGUCACUCCUCUGCCCCAUGUUGCAGGCCCCAUUAGAUUACUCCUCAUAAACAUUUUGAUUUCUGGCUUCUCAUGGGCCAGAUUCAACCAAACUGGUGCACUAGAGGGAACCAGUGCUACGAGUCCUGCUAGCGCAACUGGCGCUCCUCCCUCGCCUCCUCUGUGCCCCCCACAUCAGGGACUGGGUCAGGAUGACCCUGAGAACAGCCUGUGAGGAAAGGAGAGGGAGAUCACAGAAAUACUUGUGCUGAUGGAACAAAUGUAAUAGUGCAACAUUAUACGAUGUUGCAAUGUUGAAUUCCACCCUCUGUGUUUCUUCACACUGACAAUGGAAUGGGUGUUUGUGCUAGGUAUCUAUGCCAAUGGCUAGAACUGCUUUGUUUUUAAAACAGGGAUGAAGCACCUGUUGUCCUCCAGGUGUUUUUGGAUGACAUCUCUCAACAGCCCCAGCCAGCAUAGCCAAUGUCCAGGGAUUUAUUCCCUCCCCCCUCAGCAAUUUGUAUACAGCUUAAUCACAGUCCUCUCUCAGCCCUCUCUGGUGAUAAGAGUUGUGGUCCAUGAGGGCCACAGGUUUCCUGCCCCUGUUCUAAAAAAAAAGAGGAGGGUGAUUCUUUGACCACGAAUGACAUUGUUCUUUUUUCUGAGGAAUGAAAGGGGAAAAACAUUCACAUAAAGUAAUGCAUUGCUGGGUUUCUUGGUACAAUUACACCUCAAUGUAUCUAGAGGCAGGUUUUAGAACUCUGCACUCACACCUGUCCCCACACACUGAAAUCUCUGUUCAUUGUACUGUAUCUGGCAUGACUUUCCUAGGUACAGAAGACCUUUCCUCCUUAAAUCUGGUCAGACUGGUUAACUUGUGUAUUGAGUUUACAGGAAGCUGGCCUAUACUGAAUCAGGGGGUGCAGAAGGCCACAACGAGACUCCUUACGGGGUCCUCGCUGCGGGGUCACAUUCACCCAGUGCUAUACCAGCUGCACUGGCUCCCGGUGGAGUACAGGAUCAGGUUUAAGGUGCUGGUUUUAACCUUUAAAGCCCUAUACAGCCUAGGACCCUCGUACCUAUGGGACUGCCUCUCCUGGUAUGUCCCAUGGAGGACCUUACAGUCUUCAAACAAAAACUUGGAGGUCCCGGGCCACAGGGAGGUUAGGCUGGCUUUUUCGGCCGUGGCUUCGAUCUCAUGGAACGCUCUGUCACAAGAGACUAGGGCCCUGAGGGACUUGACAUCUUUCCACAGGGCCUGCAAGACACAGCUGUUCCACCAGGCCUUUGACUGCUUUAACAUUGGAGGGAAAUUAAAAAAAAAAAGAACUUAUACCACAUAUUAAAAAGGGCGGGGAGGAGGAAAUAAGUAAGGUAAUCCUCACAGAACUUUAGCCCAAUGGUUGCCAUUAAUUUGAUUUGAACUGAUUUUAUAAUGAAUUGAUUUUAAAAUGCGGUAUUAUUUUACUGUUGUUAGCCGUUCUGAGCGCGGCUUCUGCUGGGGAAGGUGGGAUAUAAGUAAUAAUAAUAAUAAUAAUAAUAAUAAUAAUAAGACAAAUGAUAUUGUUCUACACUGACUAGUAGCCAGUGGCGUAGGAAGGGGGGUGCGGUAGACUCGUAAUCUGGGGAACCGGGUUCAUGUCUCCACUCCUCCACAUGCAGCUGCUGGGUGACCUUGGGCUAGUCACACUUCUCUGAAGUCUCUCAGCCCCACUCACCUCACAGAGUGUUUGUUGUGGGGGAGGAAGGGAAAGGAGAAUGUUAGCCUCUUUGAGACUCCUUCGGGUAGCGAUAAAGCGGGAUAUCAAAUCCAAACUCUUCUUCUUCUGCUGCUCUUCUUCCUCCUCCAGCUCUCCCCACCCCCAUGCAUCUGCAGUCUGCUGUGGAGGUUCCCCCAACCCACUGAAGCAGAUUUGGGUGUGGCAGAAGGGCUACAGAGAGGCAGAGAUGAAGGUAAGCUCCACUGUGUGUGUCUUAGAAUUUCACCAACAGAUUUAGGCCCCUGGGAGUCACAGAUACCUGGCCAAGCUAUUCUUAUGGUUGCAGAGUGGGUUGCCAUUCAGCUGUACCUACCCAUCCUCCCGCUGCUUAAAAUUGAGUAUGCAAUAAGAAGACCAAUUCUUUUUUAAAAAAACAAAGAGUGAAGAGAUGUUUUGGAAUAGGCAUUGCUAUCAAACUCAAGGAUAACAGUGCUUUGCACACUUGCCCGAGAGUAAGCCCCACUGAACACAAUAGAAAGGGCUUCUCAUAAACAUGCAUAGGAUUAUGCUGUUAGUUCUGAACAAAUGUGUCUAGGAUUGGUGUGUUUAUCUAUUAUGGGUAACUGGCAGUUUCUUCAUUGCUGACUCUGUGUCAACAGCUUUGGCUGAUAUAAUUGUGUUGCUGCUUAUCUGUACCAAAGAUCUCCUCGGCUAUUGAAAUUUCAUGUGGAAUAAUCGAAAUGAGUGGCAAAGCUCAAGUGGCACAGGGUCAGUAUUUGACAAGCUAUACAUUUACACAUUUUAGAAACAGAGGGCCAGUGUUCAAUAGACACUUGUCAUAGCUUUUUCCUUUAAACAUCAUGAUAUGUGUAAUACAUACAUAAUAUAUAUUUGUAAUACUUUCACAAUACAAUAUUUGUAAUACAUAGGUGAUUCAUGCUAAAUGACUUGGCUUGCACCGUUGUUGUUGUUUUAAUAUUUUAGCAAUAUGGUUCAAAUCAGCCUCUCUCCCUUGGUAUAUUUUUUCCACAAUCAUGGCUAUUGCUGCUUACAACACUCAGUUGGUGCUUGCACCAUGAACUGGAGCCAAGCCCAAUCACAUCAAUAUAAGCAAUAUUUGCAAUAGGAUGGAUUCACUGUAGCACCACAGCAAUUGUUUGUCAGUGAAAGCACUCUUUACAUGUGGUUUUCUGGGGCUUCUCCUCACCUCCUGAAAACAAUUUUGGGAAGUAGAGGUUUGGGGGAGGAUAGCAGAGAAAGCCUUCUUGUGCUAAUGGAAAUCCUUGCACAGGCUUCAGCCAGAUUCUUAGAAAAUUGAGGCAAUUUUAAUCUGCUUCAGUAUUUUAACUUUUGUAUGUUUUAAAGUAGGGUUGUAAUUUUUCUUUGAUUUUCUUGUUUUAUGUUUUGUAAACUGCUUUGUGAUUCUCCAUUAGUCUGACUUCACCCCCAGAGGCACAUUCUAUUGUCUCUCAAGACAGACGGAUGUCAGCAACGACAAACCUCUUUGAUGAUUUUUUCCACAAUCAAGCAGUAUAUACAUUUUAUGAAACAAAGAAACAAACAAAUAAACUAUCAGGACUCCUUAGUUGAAUCCCACCAACUAUUUGAAAUGUUCACAUCAUAUAAUUUAAUUACCACUGUAAUUUGCUGAAAGCAUAACCAACAAAAUUUACUCCAUAGUUUCUUAUUUUCCACCAACCAGUGGGAUCUUUAUCCACUGGUCUUUCAUUCCUUCACUUCCGGAACUUUCUCUGUACACAGCCAUUCCACCCAGCGGCAAAGCCUUCUUCCUAGAGACCCACGGGUUACAUCUACUGAACUCAAUGGAACUUACUUCUGAGUUGACAUGUACAGGAUUGCACAUAAAAUACUUUUGUGUCGUGAUUUCUGCAAUUGUGCAAAAAAGGCACUUGAUCACAGCUCUAUUUACACAAAUGUAUUUAAUGGUACUGUGUGAUGCUGAAUGAAGUCUUUCUCUCACACCCACACUCCACAUUUAUUAAGGCCAAGCAUUAUGUUACUCAUGCCUUUUGCUUUUGUGUGGCUGAUGCAGUAAUGGGUGCUUUCCUCCAUGGUCCCAAUCCAACUCAGAGGACUUAUGUGCCAGUUAUUUAUAGAGUAGUAGGGGGAAUCAGUCAUACAAGGGCUAAAGAGAUGAAUAACAUCAUGUCUAAUUUGACCCUCAAAUAACUUUCGCCUCAUAUGUUUUCCUUUCCUGUCUGUACACAUGACUAGGGGGGCUAAUUAUAUGCCCAACAACCAUUUUUAAAGGAAUGGGGAAUGUCUUUGAACUGAGUAGCAGAGGAGGGGAGAGAAAAAGGUGCUUAACCCUUUCUCCUAUCCCACUACAACUUGCCCCCCCCCCCCCCAGUUUUCACCCACAGGCUGCUUUUUCCCAUGAGGCUCUACUUAUAUGCAAUGGUGGCAAUAAAGUUUGCCUUAUUUCAUCAUCAAACCUUUAUUAGCAUCUCAUACAAACAUUCAGAAUAAAUAGGCCAGUGCGAUCUCAUCGCCAUUUCAACAGUACAGUCAUUUGCCAAAGGGAAGAAGAGGCAAACAAUCUAUUUCAUCUCUGUGAGUCUCCAGCAAGGGAAGCAUCCUGUAUUGUACUUCGGCAACAAAAAGUCAAAUAGAGGAACUUAGCUACUGUCUUGGUGAGCUCCUGGUCUCUCCCCUGUAAUAAGAAGCGUAUUACCUCUGUCUCUGGUUUCCAUGUUGGAAUACAUAGAUGGUCUAGAAAUUGUUGGCGGAGAUCAUCAUACAUUUUACAUUUAAGGGCCAUGUGAGCUAGAGUUUCCACCAGGUGGGCAUCGCAUGGGCAGAUCCUAUCUUCUUCCGCCAUACCCGCAAACCUACCCCAAAGGAGGUUAGAAGGAUUAUAAUUGAACCUAGCCAGCGAGAAAGCUCUUCUUUCUUGCAGGUUUGUUCACUGAAUGCCACAGAUCAUGGACAGAACCUGUUACAGCAAACACAGUUUAAAACAAUUAUUUCCAGAUAAUACCUUUAUAGAACACGAGGAGUGCCCUUCUGGAUCUGUCCAGCAUCCUAUUUCCCACAAUGGCCCACCAGAUGCCUCUGGGAAGCCCAUAAACAAGGCAUAAGGGCAACAGUCCUGCUCCACGAAUUCUCCCCAGCAACUGAUAUUCAGAGGCAUGUAGUGUCCAAUAGUAUAUAGUCAUGACAGCUAGCAGUCAUUAAGAAGACACAUCACCAAAAACAGAGGAAGUGCAUUACGAAAAAAGAGAACACACAGAUUAUACAUAUUUUUGAACACACCAGAAACGGGGAGUGCGUGUGCCCACGCCUGCAACCUCCCAAAUUCCUCUGCAAGGAAGCUGUCAUCUGCUCAUGUGCAAAGACUUCUUGAACUGUACACACCUCAGCUUAACCACAACUUGUCUUGUCACAUCAGAUGGAAGUUGGUUUGCAGGGAAAUGCAUCAACAAGGAGCAGGAUACCGCUGGAUUGCAGCCAGUGCUUUUUCCAGGGCAGGGGGACACAGGGGUACGCAUACCCCUAAAUAUUUUAUGACUCUUUGUACUUUGUAUUUGUUUUUGUCGAUUUGAACUAUAAAAUGGUGUUUUUCUUGAGUCAAAAUGAGAGUACCCCUAAACAUUUUUUUAAAGAAAAAAAGCACUGAUUGCAGCCAAUGUCAUGUGUAGACUACUUCAGACACCAGUGGUGGGAAUGCAGUGGAGCAGGAGUAAAUGGCAAUGUGGACAUACCCUACUACUUAUCUUUAAACUGGACUUGGACCAGACAGCCAUUCAAAUAAAGGACACCUUCAAAUAGAGCACUGUGAUAACCCUUCAAAUGGAGAAUUGUCCUCUGUGGAUUUGGACAUAUGGCUAUCAUAGAAGCCACUGAAUUUGUUUGAUUUCCUUGUAUAAAGCCACCUACAUUUUGGAUUAGUGAAUUCCAUAGUUUAGCUCUGCACUAUGUCCUGAAGUUUCCCUGGUUCAGCUUCAUUGGAUAAUCCCAUGUUCUGUUAUUAUGAGUGAGGUAGAACUUCUCAAUAACCACUUUCUCCAAACCAUGCAGAAUGUUAUACACCUCUAUAUGAUGCCUCUUACAUCCCUGUUUUCCAAACUAAAAAUAUAUAGUGAGUUUUGCCAGCCCCAUGAUCAUUUUGCUUGCCCUUUACUGAGCUUUUCCAGUUUUGUAAUAUCCUUCUUGAGACGUGGUGAAUUGUACCCAAUAUUUCACUUGUGGCUGCACUACAGAUUUGUAAAAAGACAUUGCAUGAUAUUGGCAGUUUUGUUUUCAAUUCUCUUUGAUAUUGUACGCUAAUCAGAAUUCACCUUUUCACAGCUGCCAACACUGAAGAAUUUCUUACAGACUUUGCAAGAAAACCAGUUUUCCUCCCCAGGAGAUUUCCUCCUCAUUCAAAGCAUGUUCGUUCCAAUAAAUUAAAAAGAGAAAAGUAAUUUCCUAUAAGUGGUACCUCGGGUUACAUACGCUUCAGGUUACAUACGCUUCAGGUUAUGGACUCUGCUAACCCAGAAAUAUUACCUCGGGUUAAGAUUUGCUUCAGGAUAAGAACAGAAAUCGUGCUCCGGCGGCGCAGUGACAGCAGGAGGCCCCAUUAGCUAAAGUGGUGCUUCAGGUUAAGAACAGUUUCAGGUUAAGUACAGACCUCCGGAACGAAUUAAGUACUUAACCCGAGAUACCACUAUACUUUUGAAAUAACUAAGUUACACUAACAGCCCGAUCAUGUUUACUUACCCACAAUGAGUUCUGUGCAACUUACUUCCAAGUAGGCUGGAGCCAGAGCCACACUUACAUGGGAGUAACCUCCACUGAAUAUACUGGGACACAAUCUGGACUAAGUAUGCAUUAAAAACUUGGUAGGUGCUGAUAUGUAUUUUUAAUUAUAGCAUUGCAUGCAGAUACAAUUGCAUAAGAGAGUUGCUGAUCAGUUAAAAUGUAAGUAAAUACAACAGAUCAACCUUGGCCAACCUGCUGGAUGUUUUAGACUACAACUCCCAACAGCCCCAGCUUGCCGAGCUUAGUUGGCUGAGGCUGAUGGGAGUUGUAGUCCAAAACUUCCAGAGGGCUGCAAGAUGGCAAAGGCUGCAAUGAAUUUUAAAUUAAUGGACUUAAGGACCUCCCUUUAUUUUAUAAAGACACCUUGCCUCUGUAAAAGUACCUUGAUGUUGUUUUCCGUCAUUUUAAAUACAUAUAGCCACGAGAAUGCAUUAAUCUGAUGCACAAGUUAUAUAUAUAUAUAUAUAUAUGUAUGUGGCAUGUGUUCUAUAGAGAUGCAUCUGAAAAUGCAGGUAGACAAGAUCUAUCUAUCUAUCCAUCCAUCCAUCCCUCCAUCCGUCUAGAGAGCUUGAACUGCAAAACAGCCGUGUCAGAACUCAGAUGGUUAACAUUCGCUUCUUGCUGUUUUAUUGCAUAUUACUGUGCGCUCCUGAGCAGCAGGAGCAGAUUCGAGCAAUUACAAUCAAGUCAGGGCACACGCCGUGGCUGAGCAACACGAUCAUGAUGAGGAUACUGAUGAGGCACUUAUCGAAAACCCCACAUCAUCCACACUCAUCAGCCACAACAUGUCACCCCAAAUGAGGCAUCAGCUGCCUUCAGAAGGCUCAUUGCACACUGUUUACAGCUUUCUCUAGGCCCACUUUUGAUUUUGCAGUCAGGGCUUAGUUCAAACAGCAGCUGACUGGUUCCAGGGCUCAGUGCAGCAUCCCUCUCAGGCUGCAGGCAGGCUCCAGCACAACAGCCGGGCGAGCUGCAGCAGGGAAAGCGGCUUUCCCUUUCCACGCAAAGGAGAGUCAUGGGCUCUUUGCUGUAAUUGCUCCAUUAUUUAAGUGAGAAAUUAAUAUCAGCCGCUGGAAAAUAAAAGGAGAGGAAGAGAACGCACACCUUCUGUCACCUGUUCUUUUUCUUCACAUUUUAGCUUCUGCAAGUAGUAUUUGAAUUAACACAAAAAGAAAGAAAAAGUUGGAUGUAAGUGCAUUUGAGACCAACGCAUUAGGCUGCAAUCCGAUACACACUUACUUGGGAGUAAGUUCCAGGGACUUAUUUCUAAACAAACGCAUGGAGGAUUCUGAUGUUAGUGACUUUAAUCCCACUAUUAAAUAAUUAGUGUCCAGUGUGAUAUACAUGCUUGGGAUAGAAAACCUGAUUAUUUUGCAUCCAUAUCACUUUCACAUAUUUUUACCCAUCAUUUAGUUCUGUUCCUUUUGCUCAUUAAUCUGUUCUCCCCUCAAAAUAGACACUUUAACACAUAAUUAACUGUGCAUUUUCUCUCAAAAUACAUAUUUUGUUGUGUGUUUUGAGUUGCUUAAACUGUGAAGAGCCAUGAUGCAACAUUUGAAGAAGGGCAGAUUCUGUUGACUGGCUAAGUUCUGAUCUGCACAUUAGUCACAGAGAUCAAGUCCAUGAGCAAAUUAUUUUGUAUAGGAAUUUGCAAAGAUCUAAUUGCCCAGGCAUGCCUAAUAUUUUUAAAGAAGUGUUAGGUCAACUGUUGAGAUCCUUGGUCUUCACUAAUACAACCCUACCCAUUUCAGUGGGAAUUGUGGAAGCUCAGCCCAGCAAUCAAGGAACUGGGCAGUUUUAUUAUCCUUACUAGAACACAUUUUCUAAGUUUGAACAUCUGGAGCAUGAAGUUGCCUUAGGCUGUGAUGUCAAGUAUAUUUAGUGGAAAUUCCAUCACUGCAGAUAAAUAAUCUGGGAAGCAUUGUGUCAUCUUCAUUCUCAAGACAAGGACUCAGAUUGGCAAGAUGUUUAGAAAUCCAAUGGGUAAAUAAUACAUCAAUUAAUUAUUACUGAUAGUAAUGACUGGGUUAUUACUAAAUAAUAAAUUUAUUAUCGAUUAAGAUGAGGAGGAGGGCGUACAGAUUGCAGCACUAAGGCUGCAAUCCUAUACUUAUAUACUUGGGUGUAAGUCCCAUUGAAUUCAAUGGGGCUUACUUCUGAGUAGACAAGUAUAGGCUGGCACUGCAUGUCUCAUUGGAGGAUGGGGACAAAUUGGUCCAAAGGGAUAAAGUGCAAUCCUAAAUUACAUUAACAAUGGACAGUGUUCAUCAGGGCUAUUUUCAAACAUUUGUAAGAACUCGAUCACUGAGUUUGGCAGUAUCUACACUUUGGAACUUCCUACCAAUUGAUAUGUAGCAGGUGCCUUCACUGUAUUCUUUUUGAUGCCUGCUAAAAAAAAAUCUUGUUUAGAUGCUUAGAAAUGCUGGUGUGAGUUUUAAUCUGGUUUUGUAUUUUAACUUCUUGUUUGUUUUAAUUCACUGUAAUCCCCCCUCCCCGAUUUUAUGAUUUUGUCUUAUUGUAAACUUCUCUGAGGUUUUUCCAAUCAAGUGGAGUAUCAGUUUCAUGAAAUAAUAUAUAAAGAAAUAAACAGUCCAAACAUUGCUGAACAUCAAGAAUUACAGCUUGAUCCUAACCCUUGCUAACAUAUGAAAGAAAUGGGGAUCUGUACCAAGUUCUUCAUCAUUGUGGCACUGCUAAACAGGGAGACAAACUGGCAUUGCAAGGAUGUGACAAUAGUACCACAAAUCAAUCUAAGUGUGCAAAAAUUAAGGAGCAGCAUGGCAACCCCUUUUCUAAAUGCAUUCGGGCUGCAAUUCCAAGCACACCAACUUAGAUAUGGAUCCAGAUUAAAUCAUUGAGAUUUAUUUCAAUGCAGCGUGGUUGGAUCAAGAAACUAUCUGAAGUCCAGUCAUCACAGCAUUCUUUCCUGCUUACGAACCAGCAGAGGCGUAUUUAGUUUCCUGGCUUAUUUGACCUAACAAGCCAGAUCUCUCAUACUUAAAUUACACUGAAGUGCAAGUACUGUACGCCGAUCUAAUUGUUUCAUGGAUUACAGCCAAAGUUCCUGAUCAAGAGCCCCAUACAUUUCCCUGUGUUCAUACAGAGACUGUGCAGGCACAGACUGCCAUUAACUUCAAUGGAGAGAGGAGCUCCAUUUGUACACAAGGUAGAUCCGGCCCAAGGCAUUUAGCCACUUGAGGCAAACCACAAAAUGGGGCUCCUUCUCUCUGCCAGGGAAGAAGGGGUGAGUGAAGAAAUAAGAUUCCAAUAGAUUCAAGUUAGAAGAAAAGAAAUUCUGACUGAAUAUUAGGAAGAACUUUCUGACAGUGAGCUGUUCAGCAGUGGAAUGGACUGCCCCAGAAGGUGAUGGACCCCCCUUCAUUGGAGGUUUUGAAACAGGGUGGUGUGCCCAUUUGUCUUUUUUUUUUUUAGCUGUGAUUCCUGCAUUGCCUGGGGUUGGACUAGAUGACCCUUCCAUCUCUACCAUUGAACAGAAUUGAGUUCCCAUAAGCUGGAAUGGCAUUCUUAAGACGAGUGCUUCUAAAUAACAUGCAAGCUGAAAAGGCCGUGGAGGAGAACUUAGCUAUGUUAUAAGUGGGAUAGUGUGCAUAGAUACAGUAUACAUUUAAAAGUACUCAGCUUUGAUCGUAUAACAAUAUAUACUGCUAGCUAUUCUUACAAAUGCACACACCUAUAUAAAAUUGAAUUAUAUGCCUGGAGUGUGUGUGUCUGAGAUCUGUUUUUGGGUCAUCAUCUAACUCUUUGUGAUGCACAUUCUAAAUUAGGCAAGAGGGAUGCGCCUUUCAAAUGCAGAUCAUGUUUGCCUUUAGAAGAGCAAUGAGAACACUUGCCACUUUCAGAACAUUUAUGUGCUAGAAGUACUGUUAGCAGAAGAGCAGUUUAGAUAAAUUCAAGACUUUUUUUUUUGCUGAUCACAAACAUUAAGCUUCACACCUGAAGCCCUCAACCCCCUGCUGUGCUCUAAUCCUAGCAUCAUUCACUGCUAGAGACUCAAAGCGCUGUGCCACUGCUCUCAAACAUUUGAUUGCCCUUCGUUUGAAUGCCACCACCUGCAAAAAUGCGUUUUUUUAUUCCCUUUUGAGCCUCUCGAGGAGGAAGUAAAAAAUGAUAAUUCAUGGCAAACAUUAAUUAAUUGUUUACAAGAUGAUCUUUUCUUUUUCUAACUUAUGUUCAGGAGACAUAUUGAGCGGCGAGAUCCUACUCUUCAUGUCAGAGUUUGUCAAGAGGCCUCCGUUGUUGUUUAUCGCUCAAGCAUAGGAUAGACUGGAGGUCAUUGUUUCUUCAGCUCAAGUAGCCCUGUCUGGCUCUUGUUUGGAGAAUGGAAGCGACAUGCAUGAUUUCCCCGUUGCAAAAAGAACUACCGGGUCUAGGAAGGAACAGGGGAUUUAACAGUGUAAAUAAACAUUUC